GUGGCAGAGCAAGGAGACUGAAACGAGAUCGCACGCCACAAGUGCCGUAUUUCCAGUGAUAUCUAGGAACAAUCUCGCAAUUGUCUUCGCCUCUUGGGACUCGAGGUGAAUUAAUCUGAGACAGUAUGUGUUUGUAAUAUUGACUUAGUAGUGAUCAGACGCAACGCACCGUCUGUAUCUCAAAGACGCGAGCCGAGCUGAUUAAUGAAGACGUGUUUGUUUAGCUGUUUGCAGAAAAACAGACUGAUAGCUACCCAAAUUUUUCACUUCCAGACAAUAUCAAAUGUAAAAUGACAGGAAUCCCUCAGGAAAAAUGAAGCUUUUUGCGUGGAGUCUGUUAAGGCCUUGGCACGUGAAAUGUCUGAGUGUGACGGAGUGUUCCCGGGAUCCUGUCGCACUGGUUACGUUCCAAAGUCAAACAUUAAAUGAUUUUGUUAACUUCUGCAGGACACAAGGCGUUUUAAAGUAGCCAAUGACAACAGUGGAUGGCUUCCUGAUACUUACAGCGCGUUUUUUUUUUUUGUGUUGACGUGGAGAUAGGGGAGUGACGUUUUGAGUACACAGAUCUUUUUGGAAAAAGAAACAGUCUGGAUCGUCUUUAGCUACAUUAAAAGGGAAAUGUGUCUAUGAAUGUGUACAUGGCUGCCUUAUAUGCUCGCAAAGGAGUGAAAUAACUGACAGAAAACGUGGUGAUCGUUUGUUUGGGAUACUGAGAUCCGAAGAACAAGACGAGUGCACAAAUUAUCCCGGUUUUCCAUAAUAUUGACAUCUUAAGCUGUGAUAUUCAAUAUAUCAGUCAAUAUUGCAACACGUGUUCAAACAUUGAGAGCCAUUUCUUUGCAUAAUUGUGAAAAAAAACAUUGUUUUUGUUUUUAUGGAUACUAACACGCAUUGUCUACAUGCAGUGCUACUCCGACGUCGUACGUACAAAAUUUACAGCCAAUUUAGACGUUUGGAUAAAAUAACGUGCUUCUACAGAGCAAGGCGCGGCGCACUUCACAAAAGACAAACACCAUUGGAAUGAUUGAUACGGAAUCGAUUUUAACCCUCAAUAUUCACUUGGCAAUCUUCAAGUACCCCAGCGCAAACAGCCCUCAAAGGGUAAUCUCUGGUUUUAAGGCUGUUAUCAUUAGCUGGAUUGUCUGGCCGACGCUGGUGUAUUCAUGAGUUGCUGUCCGUCUGAAAUGUCGUCUGCGGCGUGCACAUCACGGUUUAUUUCCAAGGCGCAUUUGAGAAAGACAAAAACGAUUGAAUCUGGCGAACGCUGAUAUAUUGGCUGAUUAAUUCGAAGAACCAACUAAGUCCCUCGUUGCUGGAUGACAUUUAACUCUGAUAAUGACGCAUGUGUUACAGUUGUUGAACUAGAUUUUAAGGAAACGGGGUACAUGGAAUCUCGUCUGCUGUUCCAAUUUUGCACACAGAGCUAGUUAUAGACGUGCAUGCCUUUCCAAGAACCCUACCAGGAAGCUGGAUACUGACGUUAAUCAGAAGCACGGAGAGUGUCGUGCGUUUUAUUAUGACAUUUCACUUAAUGGCGACUGGGUACAGCAAAACUUAAAGAUGUCACGCGCUUGACUCUGUUUGGCAUUCACUUAUGAUAUCUGUAUGGAGUUCCGAUUGGCAAAUGGCGUCUUAUUGAUAGACGGAGAACUAAUUGGAGAUAAAUAAUGGAUGUUUAAACAACAAGGGACGUUCAUAUAGACAGAUGCUGAGAAGGGAAUUACCGAUAUCAACAUGAUUAUUCAACUUAACGGGUGUGAAAACAAGAAUAUGGUUCUACAAAACCGUUCUCAGAUUGCCAGCAAAACAAUUGCUGUUAAAAACUGAGCUCUUUUUUUGAAGACGACAGACAUGAUUUAGAAUAACACGGUCUGUUCAUUAGAAAAUGGAGCCGCAUAAAGAAAAAUAAAGACUUUUUCUACACCAUUUCAUGGAAAUGACCUGUAGCAUUUAUGUCACUGACGUACCUCUAUAAAGAACGUUAAGGCAACACGUACACAUCAGUCGUGACAUUUACACAGAUCGUGUGACAUUAGACACAUUUAUAUAUCCCACUUUCUUGGAAAGUUUUUACCCUUUCAAACCUUUACAAACCACUGAAGUGUUUAACCGAAACGCUCACAACAUACAACGGCCGUGAAGGUUGACUAAAUGUUUGAUCAAGUAUGUAAAAGGCACCAUUUAUUCCACUGACGUUAAGAAAAAUACAUUCGUGAUUAAUUCGCUUGAACGAAGACGGCAACAGCCAUCAGUCGCUUUAAAAAAAGUCUUGAAAUGGAGACGGAAUAAAGGGAAGCGUUUACUUUUCAGUGAAGCUAGUUUUAUUAUAGACGUGAUUUCUAUUGGAUAAGAGAACAUCAAGGCAUUCACCCAUGGACAAAUCCCGGCCUGUAUCAGUAGCGGCGUAUCAUUUAUUACCGGGGAUGGCUGGGACGUACGACAUUUCCACCGCUGCAACUGUCUCUGGCAACAAAGACCGUGCCUCACGCGACGUAACGCCAGUCACGCUGACAGCGUCACACGGAAGCCUCGAAGACAGCAUUGUGUCGGCCGGAGACGUGGAGAUGGAAAACGUGGCCACAACGUCUACCACGCAUGCGCGUGGAAUAGCCGGAAGAGGCUUACCAAGUGUUGAUGAAAACGAUGACUCCUUGAUUACAUCCUGCGUGAAAAGUGGGGAGGAUAUCACCGGACACACUCAGCAUGGUGAGCAACAUUGUAAGCUUGAGCAGGUCCGAAAACAGUCCACUGUCAGUGAAUUGAACACGCCCAGCACCGCAUUUCGGCCUAAAGCUCUGCUCUGGAGAAAAGCGUUUCAGAAAAUCCAAGAGGAGCACGCGAACAAUCUGGAUCAGGGUUCACGGUGGGCGAGGUCGAUUUCGGAAACGCUGCGCCGACGCUCAGUGGCUGAAGUCGCGCGCAUGAACACCGCGUCUCUGGAUGGACAAUCCGUCUCAUCAUUUUCGCAAAAGACGCCGGGACCCGCCGGUGGUGUUGGCCUGAGCAAGGUGUCUCCUGAACCCAACAUGACUGGUUCCACGUUGGAAAGCCUCGCGGACACCGAAUACGCGAGCGAGGAGUACCUCAACAGUGGACGGCGUUUUCGCGGACUUCUUCUUCCCACAUGUAACGUCACCUUUAAAUAUAGAGUCAUGGAAAAACUGUUUCAGAGAUAUUUCAGAAGGCAGAAACUUCACGCUUUGGUGGAAAUUAACAUAGUGGAAAUAUUUCUGAAUCUUCUGCUUCUGAUACUUUACGUGUCGUUCAAUUUGCGCUCUAUGGACGUGGCUAAGCCGGCCACUUACACGACCAUAGUCUUAUGCCUCAUGCUACUGACCGGGUCGUUGUUUUACAAGAAGAUCAGGAAAUAUGGCUUAAAGAUGUUUUGUAUAAUCACGUGGAUAAUAUUGUCAGCACAGCCUUUAAUAUCCAUGGCUUUCACCUUCAUAUCAAAGGGGGAUCAGCCGAUGACUAUACUCACCUAUGACGCCUGGUAUAGUCUGGUGGUGAUUUACGCUACAUAUACACGGCUUCACUUGAAUCUCGGGUGGAGCGUGUCCUUGGCGGUGCUGUCCUCUUUGGGGUUUUUGGCGGAGGCAGGCAUGCUUUUGAUUUGGGGACAUACGGCAGGGUCGCUCCCGAAAGAGAUAGCCAGCAUGAUCCUCCUACAUCUCUGUGUUCAUAUAGCCGGUGUCUCCACUAACUUCCUAACUGACCGUGCCCAGAGAAAGGCGUUCCUAGAGAUCAGGAAGUGUGUAGAGUGCAGGUACCGCCUGGAAAAAGAAAAUGAAAAUCAGGAACGCCUCCUACUGUCAGUUCUCCCGCGCUUCGUGGCCUUGGAGAUGAUCACAGACUUGGCGAAGGAAGAAGAAAAUGGCGAACGUCGUCUGCCGUCUCAGUUUCACAAGAUCUACAUUCAUCGAUAUCAGGACGUCAGUAUCUUGUUCGCUGACAUCAAGGGUUUCACCCAGUUCUCCUCUACGGUAUCUGCUCAAGAGUUAGUCAAGACCCUCAACGAGAUGUUCGCCCGCUUCGAUAAAUUGGCCAAGGAAAAUGGCUGCCUGCGUAUUAAGAUUCUCGGGGACUGUUAUCUGUGUGUUAGUGGACUGCCGGAAGCUCGACCUGAUCAUGCCCACUGCUGCGUUGAGAUGGGCCUCGCUAUGAUCAGAACUAUCAAAACGGUCCGCGAGGCAUAUAAAGUUGACCUAGAUAUGCGGAUAGGUAUCCACACUGGCGCCGUGUUGUGCGGAGUUCUGGGACUCCGGAAGUGGCAGUUUGACGUGUACUCCAAUGACGUCACAAUGGCCAAUAUGAUGGAAGCUGGGGGGAUACCGGGACGUGUUCAUGUGUCCGCCGCGACAUUAAAGUUCCUGGGUGACGAUUACAAAGUAGAGCCGGGAGAGGGAGCACACAGGAGUGACUACCUGAGGGAUCAUAAUGUAGAAACCUUCUUAAUCAGUAACGAGUACCUGGAACAACAGCAUGACGUCAACAGAAAUGGUUUCUUACCGUCCCAUCGCGCCUCGUGCCGUAUAGACGCCAACGGCCAUCUCCGGUACUCCUCGGAGGACUCCGUAUGGGCCAGUGACGUCACAGCUGUUGCGGGACAGAACUACACGGUUGCAGGUGCCCUCCAAAGUCUCUUGCCGCAAGGUAUUUCUAAAGUAGUACGUCGUCGGUCCACAGGUGCAGAAGUCAAUCUUCACAUCAUAAGAGCGAUAGAGGCCAAGACGGACCACACGUUACGGAAAACGCACAUGAAAGCUUUUACGUUAAAGUUCAGGGAUUCGGUCGCAGAAAAUCAGUACCACGGAUUGAAGGACGACACAUUCAAGACCAACACCGUUGUCUGCAGCGCCAUCUUUGUUUUGCUUAUAAUUUACCAUAUAGCCUUGUUUUUUGGAGAAAAUCCAUACCCCAUUAUCCUGGCAUUUUCACUCGGAAUAGUGAUGUAUGUAGUCAUUUUCGUCAUACUGUUUGCGGAAGAAUACAUGUGUUGCCAAGCGACGGUUGCCAAGGUUUCAAAAUGGGCGACAAACAACCGCCACUGUAGAUCCGCCAUGGUGCUAUUUCUUGUACUCCUCAACUUUCUGGUUUCUCUCAUGUGUUUUUAUUCCGAGUGCCAAAUGCUAAGGGGAAGCAAAUGUAUUCUGCCCGAGACGUGUUUCUACUCAUGGAUGCCCGUUUUAGUAUCUUGUGCCAUUUUUUUACGAUUCCGCAACCUUUACAAAGUUCUCCUUCUCACGGCAAUGACGACUGUCUACGUCAUCAUACUGGUCGUGUAUGAACGUCAUCUGACGUCACAUUCAAUAUAUGAUGCCCUUGUGAUACUAUUGGCCUUUGCGUUGAUUCUUCUACUCCACACCCGGCAGCUUGAAUGGAACACACGGCUUCACUUUCUGUGGAAACUACAGGCUAAAGAAGAGAUUUGUGAUAUGGAAGAAUUGCAGGAACAUAACAGACAUUUGCUACGGAAUAUACUUCCGGAUCACGUGGCUUUUUACUUCCUGGCCAGCGACAGGAAGGAUGAGGACCUCUAUGCACAAUCGUAUGACAAAGUGGGGGUGAUGUUCGCCUCCAUUCCUAACUUCUCUGAGUUCUACAAUGAGGUGUCUUCCAAUAAUGAGGGUAUAGAGUGCCUUCGACUUCUCAACGAAAUCAUAGCAGACUUUGACGAGUUGUUAAAUGAAGAGCGUUUCCAGUGCAUAGAGAAGAUUAAAACAGUUGGCAGUACCUAUAUGGCUGCGUCCGGGCUGGCCCCGGAUUACAAGCCUAUGCACGGGGACGUGUGGGAACAUUUAUGUGCCUUAGCAGACAUGGCGAUUACUAUGAAAGAGGUCCUCACAGAAAUCAACAUCCAUUCCUUCAAUGCAUUUCAUUUAAGAAUAGGUAUCAACCACGGCCCGGUGGUGGCUGGGGUGAUUGGAGCCAAGAAACCGCAGUACGAUAUCUGGGGCAAUACCGUCAACGUGGCCAGUAGGAUGGACAGUACGGGAGAACUGGGCAGAAUACAGGUUACGGAAGAAACAUACAAAAUUUUGUGUCGUAGAGGAUUUCAGUUUGAAUUUCGGGGAACAGUUCCAGUAAAAGGAAAAGGUGAUUUGCGGACUUAUUACUUGAUCGGAAGAGGCGGAAAAGUGAGGCGCGAUCGCACACUGAGCAUGCGCAGAAUGAGUGGUCAGCACACGCUGGCGGCCCUGGUCUGCGGACUUGUCCAGGCAAGGCGGCGAUCACAAAGACAGAGCAAGCGGUUAGGUGACCGCGUCUCCACGGCCAGCUUUCGUAGUGUACAUAGUUUGGGAGAAGGCAAGAGUCAAAGUUUGUUGCCCUCCCCAACAGCGCCCAUGCGCGCGAGGUCAUAUAAUCUCCCGCCAAUCAGCGCCGCAGACACACCCACUGAGGAGACAUCUGAAGAUAUGGGAACGCCGGAAAAAAGCCACGUGUGAAUAUCUUCACCAAUAGAGAAAGUGGAACUAGUCAACCAGAUCUGAUUGGCAUAUCGUAAUGAAUGAUGAUUAAAACACACGAUAAAGUUGUUACAGAAUGGUGCUCGGGCAGUCAAUACAAAGGGCUCGGUGGCGUAUAGUUUUCAUUUAUACUGAUGGGUACACGUAUUAUUUAAAACAGAUUUUUUCGAAAGAAAAAAUAUAAUAAGCGCCUUUCGAAAAUAACUCAGAUAUUUUGAACUUUUUCAUACACGGAGGUCAUGGUUGUGAUACCGGGAAUUUGUCACUUGAUGUCUUAAAAACAACAGAACAUACGUGUAAGUAAGGGACAAUAUAAGUAUUUUUUUUUUUUUUGGGGGGGG